AUGCGCACCUCCCGUACCUCCCGUCAGACUUGGUCCCCAGCUCCUCAGUCUAGUGCCCAAAGACCUACGAUGACACCUUCUCGUUUUUCUCACUUUGAUAUCACGCACGAUGAGUUCAGCACAUCUGCAUUUGUUGAUCAGGAUGGGCGAGUGCAUAUUGAUUUCAAUAAGCUAAAAGAAGGCCCCUUGUCUAUGUUUUUGAACGGCGCAAAAAAGAGCUUCCCCACAGAUGGCGUCAAACCAGAUGAAGAAGAUGAAGUUACACCACCACCAAAGCUGAAUAUUGUGGUGAUGGUGAUUGGAUCAAGAGGAGACGUGCAACCAUUUGUUGCAGUUGCAAAGAUCUUAGCGGAGCAAGGUGGACAUCGAGUACGCUUAGCAACUCACCCAGCAUUUAAAGAGUUUGUGGAGGAGAACGGAGUAGAAUUCUUUGAUAUAGGGGGAGACCCUGCAGAGUUGAUGGCGUUCAUGGUUAAGAAUCCGGGAUUGAUACCUAGCUUAGAAACAAUCAAAGCAGGAGACGUAAUAAGACGACGAGAACAGAUGUUUGAGAUGUUCCAAGGGUUUUGGAGAGCAUGUAUUGAGCCCAACGAUGGUUCGUUCAAAAAAAAUAAAAAGCGUAGGGAUCAGUCUACAACAGGCUCAGUAACAACAUCUGAUUGGGGCAGCGACGAAGAGGAUGAUGGAAGAGAAAUAGAUGGACGACCAUUCAUCGCUGACGCCAUAAUUGCCAACCCGCCCUGCUUUGCGCAUGUUCAUUGUGCAGAAAAGCUGGGUGUCCCACUACAUCUAAUGUUCACAUUUCCAUAUUCACCCACACAAACAAUGCCUCACCCGCUGGCAAAUAUAACAAACAGCAAUGUGGGCAGCGAGUACACAAAUGCCAUAUCAUAUCCUAUGAUUGAGAUGAUGACAUGGCAGGGAUUGGGGGAUUUAGUGAAUAGGUUUCGAGAAAAAACCUUAUGUCUAGAACCUGUGGCAACGUUAUGGGCACCAGGCAUGAUAAGUCGAUUGAAAGUACCGUUCACUUAUAUGUGGUCCCCUGCCUUAAUCCCCAAACCCCAUGAUUGGGGUGACCACAUAGAUAUAACUGGCUUUGUAUUCCUCGAUCUUGCAUCUUCUUUCAAGCCUCCCAAAUCCCUCGCCGACUUUCUAGCCGCUGGACCGCCUCCUGUCUACAUUGGCUUUGGAUCUAUUGUCGUAGACGACCCAGAUGGUCUCACAGCCCUCAUAUUUGAAGCAGUGAAGCAAUCUGGUGUCCGGGCGCUAGUUUCCAAGGGCUGGGGUGGUAUUGGCGGGGAGGAUGGAAGCGGAAUACCAGAAAACAUAUUCAUGUUAGAAAAUACUCCUCAUGACUGGCUUUUCUCUCAAGUUUCGUGCGUGGUGCAUCAUGGUGGUGCUGGUACAACUGCCAUUGGCCUUUACCACGGCCGACCAACGAUGAUUGUGCCAUUCUUCGGUGACCAAGCAUUCUGGGGUGCCACUGUUGCCAAUGCCAAUGCGGGUGCCGAACCAGUACCGCACAAAGAACUUACGGCUGAAAAGCUUGCUGCAGGUAUCAAGAAGCUACUCUCUGAAGAGUGUCAAACCGCGGCAAAAGAGAUUAGUCGACGAAUCAAAGAAGACGAUGGCGAUGGCGCAGAAAACGCCGUCAAAUCAUUUUACCGUGGCAUUGAAGCCCUCAAACGUGGAAAACGCGGUUUGGGUGAGCGUGGAAAAGAGUGGGGUGAGGGAGGGCCCGGAGGACCAGGGGAAGGGAAAUGGGGCAGUGGGGGCCCUGGUAUACAUUGUGCGAUGUUAAACGAUAAAGUUGCGGUAUGGCGAAUUAGACGCACAAGAACAAGACUUAGUGCACUCGUUGCUUGGGCGUUAGUAAAGGAGGGGAAACUAGGCUGGAAAGACUUGAGGCUUGUACGACACACCGAGUGGAAUGACUUUGAUGGUCCUGGAGAGCCACUAAGCGGUGGUUUUAGCGCCCUCUUUGGUUCUGUUGCAGGUGUUGCCAAAGGCGCCGUUAGCGUUCCGUAUUCGUGGUACAAGGGCGCAAGACGUUUCGACGAGGAGGAGGGUCUCGAUAUUGCUGGAGAAAUCAGAGAACGCUCAUCAUCAAAAGCCCAAAGCAGGUCAAGAUCAAACUCGAAGCGUGGUCGAAAGCCCAAUAAAGACUCCUCUCCAACCAGCCACAAGAAGGAUGCGACGCCCGAUCGAGUCCCAGACACAGGCGUAAGAAAACAGAUAGGGUCGAUUCCUGAAGAUGAAGAUGCGGAUGAAGGGGAACAAGAGGAACAAGAGCCUAUCCACCGCGAAAUGGCUCACAAUACCGCGAAAGGCCUGUCAAAAGUAGCUCGUGCUGGCGUUCGUGCACCAAUGGAAGUCUCACUUGCUGUCGCUCAAGGGUUCCAUAAUGCGCCACGCCUUUACGGUGAUACUGUUCGCGCUCCUUAUCGUAUAACAGGUAUUCACUCCGGACUUCGCGCAGCGGGGAAGGAAUUCGCGCUUGGCGUAUAUGACGGUGUCACUGGCGUCGUUGUAAAGCCGUAUGAAGGUGCAAAGGAAGAUGGGGCCGUCGGCUUUGCUAAGGGCCUUGGGAAGGGCGUAGCCAGCGGAUUCUUCAAAACAAAUGCUGCAACCGCCGGAGUUAUAGGGUUUACACUAAAAGGUGUACAUAAGGAGGUUCGGAAGAAGAGAGAUCGAAAAGUUAUGGUAAAGCUCAUGAAUGCUAGGAUAAGACAGGGAGAGAUGGAAUAUCGGGAGUGGCGAGAAGAGAAAGGGGAACAAGGAGAGAAGGAGUUGAGAGAGGUGGUACUUGCCGGAUGGGAAAAGAUUAAAGCGGAAAAGGAAGAGAAGAAACAAAGAGAGUGGCGGUUAGAGGAGAAUAUUAGUGGCGUCAAGAGAGGUUGUGGAAGGAGAGGCUUGAAAAGACUAGUAUGGAGGAAGAGGAUGAAGGCAAUUGAUGCUGAGUGGGAGCAAUGA